CGAGCCUUCUUCUUGGCAUGACGGGGCGCCGUCACGUCGUGACAUUGCUGCUUUUACGAGCAGCGGAGCAUGUUCGGCAGCGCACGAUCACGGGCCCUUCUAUGACUGAUGUAAUCGGUCUUCGGCACUCCGGAAGGAAGCCCAAACGCUCUAAUGGAUCUGACCUCCCCCAGCCUGAGCUCGGCCACAACAGAGAGCGAGGAUCUUCAGUCCAGAGUGGACUUUUUCCGCAAGUUGGGUUACUCCUCUGCGGAUCUUAGGGCGGCGCUCUCCAAGCUGGACGACUGCACGGACACCAACUCGGUGCUGGAGGAGCUGGUUCGGAACCGCGGCGUACCGAGUAACGGCGGUGAGGAGAGGAGCGCAGACCAGGGAGAUGGUUCGCUGGCUCCCGAUCAGGGGUUCGGACCGCCCAGAAUGUCGCCUGGCAAGGCAGGUGGAGACUCUGAGUUGAGGCCCGUUGUUAUUGAUGGUAGCAACGUAGCCAUGAGUCAUGGCGACAGGGACGUGUUCUCAUGCCGAGGCAUCCAACUAGCUGUCAACUUCUUCCUGACGAGAGGACACACAGCCAUCAAGGUGUUUGUUCCAUCUUGGCGCAGAGAACACGAUGCUCCGGUCACUGAUAAACACAUCCUGACAGAGCUGGAAAAAAUGCAAGUAGUCGUCUUCACUCCAUCUCGCCGCGUCCGUGGGAAGCAGGUGGCCUGCUACGACGACCGCUUCAUCGUCAGGUUGGCGUGCGAGUCGGGCGGCGUGAUCGUGUCCAAUGACACCUACCGCGACCUGCAGCGAGAGAGGCCCGAGUGGAAGCAAUGCAUCGAGGAGCGCCUCCUCAUGUACUCCUUUGUCAACGACAAGUUCAUGCCCCCGGAUGACCCUCUGGGCCGUCACGGUCCCAAUCUUGACAACUUCCUCAGGACAAAGCCUUUACCGACAGAGCAAAAGAAACAACUCUGUCCGUAUGACAAAAAGUGCACUUACGGCGUGAAAUGUAAGUUCUACCACCCAGAGCGGGUCAACCAGUCCAACCAGUCGUUGGCCGAUGAACUGAGAAAAAAAGCCCAGAUUUGCCCCGAGACUGAGGAGAUAUCAUCGCUUCACAAACAAUCUCAGUCCGACGCUAAUCUCCGUCCUCAGGAAUUCUACAGAGAGCCCAAACUAGACCAGCUGAGGUCCUCACAUCCCGCUCAGGUUAGUGAAACCAAAAUCUUGUACCGGGGAGGUCCAGGAACCAGUCUAAACCAAGUGCCCUCCAAUAAGGAAUGUUCUGGGCUGCACUUCAUCCCCGAUCAUUACCAUGCCAGCACCUUCUAUGAGUACUUGGACUCUGGCCUUGGCUCCGAUGAGAGCCAGUACUCUGAUGUCAGGAACUCCCACCGGCCCACACAGUCCUGCCUGUGCUGCUCACACCCUAGAAACCUGGACUCUGCACGUCAAUUCUUCAUCCCGGCUCAGAACCACAGCCUACCUGGCUGUCGUCCGUACAGCGGAGCCCCUCAUUGUAAACAACGUUACAACUCGGAACCUUUUCACGGGCUACCCCAAGCCAGAAGAUGUUCUCCUCAGCCUGGAUCAGUCCCAGACAGCUUUUGUUGCUCUUGCUGGAGCCAACAGUACUUCCCUCGGGGUCAAUGCCAUCACUUUCCGGCUGCGUUCGACCUGCGCGUGGUGGCGUACGGUGAUGGACAUGUUCCCACAUGUGAUGGUUGCAGAGAAGCUGGCUGCAGAGCUCCUCAUCCAGAAAACCCAGACUGGGAUCUUGUAGAAUCUUCUUGUCCCUCACAUAGGUACUGUUACAAGCUCCCAUAGCAAGGCUAUCCAAACCUGUUGAAAUCAAGGACCACGUUCCAAAAAGGAACGGAUGCAGGGACCACUUUGUCAGUCUUCAGAGUGGUGGUUAGAAAAUAUACUCAAAUCAAUCCCAGGUACGGUAGGUCAAGAUACUGUAAACUGAGCAGUUAAAUAUACCGGCCAUACAAAAUUGAGUUUAUUACACUUUUGUCUUUUUUUAUGUAAAUAUUUUACUAUUUGAUUCUCUGAUCUGAUUAUCCAAAUAUACCGUAAUUUCCGGACUAUAAGCCGCACCUGCCUAUAAGCCGCACCAGCUAAAUUUAGGGGGAAAUACAGAUAGCUCCAUAUAUAUGCCGCACCCGACUAUAAGCCGCAGGGUUUUGAUGUGUAAUUAGCGUAGUAUAUAGGGGUUCCUGCUACCACGGAGGGGAUUGUCGGGACAGAGAUGACUGUUUGGGAACGCAAAGCGUCCCAUUUAUUAACAAUAAAUCUUUCAAUCAUUCAAUCAAACUUUCACAUCUUUGACAUGGCGAACAGCAUUCGUGCAGAGUACAAAUAAUACAACGGUAUUACCGGUAGUCAGUCCUUAAUCAUUGUGUCAUCGUCUUCCUCCUGCGUACUAAAACCACCGAGAUCCUCUUCGUCGGUGUCAGAGAAGAACAGGUCCAAAAUGGCGUCGUCAGCCAAGUCAAGGUUACGUGCAGCAGCUCUAUUUCCUUCUUUGACAGCCAGAUCGAUUGCCUUUAACUUAAAAGCAGCAUCAUAUGCACUUUUCCGUUUGUUUUCCAUAUUGAGGGUGUUUGCAUGAACACUUCCUUCGCGCAAACUGUCACUGACGCUCUCCUACUCUUUGUUUUGCUCUCGGUAAGCCGUAAAAAAAAGCCAUAAAAAAGCCGUAAAAAAGCCGCACCGUCGUAAAAGCCGCAGGGACCAAAACGAGGGGAAAAAGUAGCGGCUUAUAGUCCGGAAAUUACGGUAUAUGAAUGUUGUAUAAGGGAAUACAUUUUUAUCGAUAUUUUUUUACAUGUCAAAUUUUGAUUAAUUAAUUAAUACAAGUCCUCAUUAUCCUAAUACUAUAUAAGUAUUAUAUUGGCCAAUAUAUAAUUAUUUUUUUAAUGUAACAUUUUAAUUAAUUAAUCACACUUUUGACUAUCCAAAUACUAUAUUCGGUUUAUUUCAUGGGAAAUUUUGAUGAGUGAAUAUAUAGGGUUUUAGA